AUUCCUUGUCAUUCAAUGAAAAAACAAGAACACAGCGAGGCAAAUGCAAAUCUGUCUGAAAACGUGUGGAAUGAGUAACACAAAGAUACUAAUGAAAGCUGAAGCAAACCGAUUAUUAUUACACACCCAAUAAAUUAACCAAAUUAAUUUGUUUUCUCUUCUCUCACUGCCAAAAACAAAAAGCCGAAUCCAAACCACAGAACCUUACCCACCCGGCCACCCUCUAUCCCUCUCCAUCUGUACCAACAAUGUCGAUCUUCUGCUGAAGGAAAACCCCAAAUUCAACAUUUUUUUUUUUAAAAAAAAAAGAUGAUGGGGAGAGGGGAAGCAGGGAACGACAGUGUGGAGAUAAAGGUGCAUCCAAGGCAGGCAAACACCCCGGCAGGCUCACCACCGCACCCGAGCCAGUUCCAGAACCAAUCUGUUUUCAAGAAUUGGGUGCCAUGGCUUGUCCCUUUAUUUGUGGUGGCUAACGUUGCUGUCUUUAUUGCCGUCAUGUAUGUCAAUGAUUGCCCCUCCAAUUCUGGCUCUUGUGUUGCUCCUUCUUUGGGCAGAUUCUCCUUUCAGCCUCUGAAAGAAAAUCCCCUUCUUGGCCCCUCCUCUUCCACUUUGGAGAAAAUGGGAGCUUUAGAUGUGAACAGAGUGGUGCAUAAACACCAGAGUUGGCGCCUCAUUUCUUGCAUAUGGUUACAUGCUGGAGUCUUCCAUGUCCUUGCCAACAUGCUGAGUCUUCUCUUCAUUGGAAUUCGUCUUGAGCAAGAAUUUGGGUUCUUGCGAGUUGGGUUGGUCUAUGUCAUAUCUGGCUUCGGCGGGAGUUUGUUGUCGGCUUUGUUUAUUCAGACUGGUAUCUCUGUUGGUGCCUCUGGUGCACUUUUUGGUUUGCUAGGAGGCAUGCUUUCAGAGCUGAUUACCAAUUGGACCAUAUAUGCAAAUAAGUUCGCAGCACUGUUGACUCUCCUUUGCAUCAUUGCAGUAAACCUAGCAGUUGGACUCCUCCCACAUGUGGACAACUUUGCUCAUAUUGGAGGAUUUCUUUCCGGGUUUUUUCUGGGUUUUGUAUUCUUAAUUCGCCCCCAGUUUAAGUGGAUUAACCAAAAAACAUGUCCUCGAGGAUACAUUGCACCCCCAGCUCAAUCUAAACACCAGACAUAUCAGUAUGUACUGUGGGUUAUAUCUCUGAUAGUACUCAUCAUUGGAUUUACUCUUGGUCUGGUAGCACUGUUUCGAGGAGUUAAUGUGAAUAAUAACUGUUCAUGGUGUCAUUAUUUGAGCUGCGUCCCUACUUCGUUAUGGAGCUGCAAAUCACAGCAAGUUUAUUGUCAGUCGAUGGAACUUGGAAGUCAAUUGAAGUUGACGUGCUUGAGCAACGGGAAAAGCAACAUGUAUGAUUUGUCUAAUAAUGACUCUUCCAAAGUUCAGAUGCUGUGCGCUCAACUUUGCAGUUGAUCUGCAUAUAUAAACAAGAGAUGAACAAGAUUGCUUGAACUAUGUUGUUUAACAAAUUUGUUAAUAUACAUAUGAUUCAUUUA